AAUGAUCAUAAAAGUUGGUCACCUUAAUGGUGAAGUUAAACUAUAUGAUUUAGCUGAUUAAACCUCAGCUGGUCAUUUAAUGUAACUUAUUCAAUCUGAAUUGGGUUGUGAAGUUUCAUUGGUAAAUUCUGGAGAAGCUGUAGCAGCAUCUGCAUUAUUAGGUAAUUACAACCACUCAUUAAUUAUAGGAAAUGAUGGAAUUUAUUAUGUAACUGUUGAUGCAGAAGGAGGAAAGAAGAAAAAGAAGAAGAAGAAGAAUUUUGCUAAACCCAAAAAGAAGAAGCACCGACACCGAAAAUUAAAAUUGGCAACACUUAAGCUAUAUACCAUUGACAAUAAAGGUGUUGUUUAAAGAUCUCACAAACAAUGUCCAUAAUGUCCAUAAGGUGUAUAUAUGGCUAAGCAUUUUGAUAGACACUAUUGUGGUACAUGUCAUUAAACAUUUAGAAUGGAUGAAGCAACUGUAAGAAUUUAUUAAUAAUUAUUUAGAUCAAAGCCAAUUUAGAAGCUAUCAAAAAAUAAUAAGCAGCUAAAGCAGCAGCUGCAGCAGCAGCAGCCCCAGCAGGAGGAGCUGCAGCUGGAGGUGCCGCUGGUGGUAAAAAAGGAAAGAAAAAGUGAU